AAUAAAAAAAUGUAUCAUUAUAAAACCACUAUUGCAUGUACCAGUGCAGAGAAAACGCCACGUAAAUAGGAACAUUUUAAUAAUACCAAACUAAAAAAAAAAGAACAAAAAAUCUGCGAACUACAGACACAUUUUAAACCUAUUUAUUUUACCUUAUCAAAAAUAACUAAUCUAGACAUUAAAAUCAAAAACAAACCAUCGAAAUUGCAAAUUCGAAAAGCAAAAUUUUCCUACCAUUAGUACCACUUCAUAAACGAUCCCUAUUCACGCACACGAACACAAAAUCACCCUCCAUUUUAUACGCACACAUUGACACAUUCUCUUACUCCUUUUCACUCGAGAGUUUUCUCAUAAACCCAUCUCUUUCUCACGCUAGGUUGAUGGGCGCCAUCGAUUUUCUCCAAGCAUUAUUUUUCCGACUUCCUCGUGCUCACAACGUGAAAUUGUGGUCUUAAAAUUGUUUGUGCAAAAUAAUAAUAAUAUUGUAAAGAAAAAACUGUGUUUUGUGCUCAAAAAUAUAGUGUUUUUGAACUAAACAUUUCUGUGGAAAACCGAUCGGUGAUCGUCGGCAUGCCGGCGUCGGUGUGAGAUGGACGGCAUACAGAUGGAGCCGAUCGGCAAAUACAAAGCCGAUAGAAACGGUUCAGCUAAGGCAGCUGCCUGGCGUAACAUGGUGGAUCAAGAUCUGGAUGAUGUCGCUUUUCUAGCUGACACGGACAAAGCAAGAGAAGCGAGAGAGCUCCGCGAGGCUCCCGUGGCGGUAUGCUCACAAAGACGAGCGCUAUGUCUCACGGCUGUCCUGUUCUCAGCUAUGUUCGCGACGGCACUCAUUGUAGUAUACGCUGCUCCACAACCGGAUUGCCCAUGUGCAGGAGAAGCGACGUUAAUACCGGGACAACCACCGACGGAUUCUGAAGCUAGCGUGGCAGCUUCUAACAAAGAACGUAUAGCAAGUAACGGCGCUGUGUUUCCAUGGCGUGGUGCUCGGCUGCCUACCUUCAUCAUACCUAAGCAUUACAGUCUGUGGCUACACCCUAACUUGACCACUGGGGAAUUACGAGGCGAAGUAUCAAUAGACAUCAAGGUCGACCGGGACACAACCUUCGUAGUCCUCAACGUGAGAGACAUGAAUGUGACUGAACGAGCUCUGUUCAAGUCGGGAGGGUCACUCGGACCUAAGGUCGCGAAGACCUUGGAGUACCCACAGGCGGAUCAGAGCUAUAUUGAGUUUAAGGAGAAACUCCGUCGAAAAUACAACUAUACCCUGAGUCUUCGCUUCAUCACCAAGUUGGAGAGGAGUGACAAGCAACGAGGCUUCUUCUUAACUGGAACACAUCGACAUCGUUGCGCAGUGUCACGCUUCUGGCUGACGCACGCGCGGUCAGCGUUCCCGUGUCUCGACGAACCGCACUUCAGGGCGUCCUUCAAAAUUACUAUCGUGAGGGACAGAUUUCACGUAUCUCUGACAAAUAUGCCCAUAGUGGCUACCGAAGAGGCUGGUUUCUAUCUGGGACAUCGAUUGUUACAAGACGAGUUCUCAACAACGCCGCCGAUGGCUCCGCACAUGAUCUCGCUGGCCGUCUGUCGGUUACAACGCCGUGCUGCGCCGCUGUUACCGACUGACGCGCCGAAUAUUACCGAAGUGAACACGAUGGUGCCCGAAGCGACGGUUGAGCCAGAGGAAGAAGUUUUGCCGCCUGAAAUUAGUCUGUAUAGCGAUCAGCAAGUUAUCUUGGAUGAGUCGGGACCUCUUUUGGAAUGGGUGCAGAAAACUAUUCAGCAUUUCUCCUACGAGCUGAACACUUCAUACCCUCUGCCGAAGUUUGAUAUCGUGGUGGUCGAAGGCGGGAACCCAUACUCUGAAGGCUGGGGGCUGAUCACAUUGUCACCUACAACACUUUCUGAUACCAAGACUAUUGCUAGACUGCUGGCUCAACAGUGGUUCGGCGGCACAGUAUCACCUCGCUGGUGGUCUUCCCAGUGGCUACUGGAAGCUCUGACAUCAGUCCUCGCUGAGAAGGUGCCUGCUCCGCCUCACAGUGACGCUCAGACCCCGGCAGACGCGCUACUGUUGGACCAUGUGCUACCAGCGUUGAGGUUAGACUCAAGUAACUCGGUGAGAGCGGUGGCGUCACCGCGGCUGGAGCGAGCUGACAUAGAGAGUGCCACCGAUGAACUGUCAUUACACAAGGGUGCAGCCAUAGUAAGUAUGGCUAUAGAGGCAGCGGGCGAGGCGGCCGGUCGCGCCGCACUCGCGCGACUGUUGCGCGACCAUCGUUUUGCCAGUGCUGAUGCCAGGGAUCUAUGGCGAGCGUUAGAACGUGACGGUCAAGACGAUGGAGUAGGAAGUAACGCGUGGGACGGGUGGUGUGAACGUCCCGGAUAUCCGCUGCUCUGCGCGUCUUCGCUAGGCAAUGAUGUGCUGUUGAAGCAGGAAAGAUUCGUGAUGUCGGCUGAGCCUCCGGAGGUAGACCCUCCUAUGGUGAACUCCCUCCUCACCAUGGAUCUAAGAGCUGAUUUGGACGAACUGUUUUAUGAGCCUGAAAACUUCACCGACACAGAAGAAGACAUAAACUCCACCACUACAGCCACCCCUCCCACUACCACGACACGGCGCCCCCCCGCCAAAGCCACUAAAGCACCACCACACAAGUGGGUGAUACCAGUCACCUUCGUGGUAGGACCGUUAGAGGAGGAAGAGGAUAAUGUUACGGCGUGGAAGAAUGUUACGCAGAAUUAUCAUAAUGCUACUUGGUAUGACGUGAGCGCAGAAAAUAAAACGAGAACCUCACGUUGGGCGGAAAAUGUCACGCAUUUAAUAUGGAUGAAUGACACUGAAAUGGUGAUACCAGACUUGGGCAGACACAAGUGGGUGAGAUACAACGUGGGAGCGAGGGGACUAUACCGCGUCGCGCCUCAAGACAGGACUGAUGGAGAGUCAGCAGAAUCAGCAGCCCAACGUUACGCGUCGCUGUACGCGAGCGGCGCGGCGGCCGAGCGAGCGCUCCUGUUGGACGACGCGUUCGUACUGAGCCGCGCCGCGCGUCUGCCCGCCAGCCGCGCUAUCGCUGCCGCCGCUCGUCUAAGCACAGAAACCCACUGGGCUCCCUGGCGAGUAGUCCUCACACAUCUCUCCUGGUGGAGGGAACUGCUUCGGCUGGGGAGUUCAGGACCUCAUCUGAACAGGCUGCUGAAGACAUUGCAUCCGCCUCAAGUGGUUGUGUAUACUGCUGAGCAGAUACAAGCGGGGGGGUUGGGCGAAGAUUUGCUAUGGCUAAGUGGAGCGCUUUUGACAGCAGGCGUGGAGUGGGAGAACGCUAAAGUGACGAAGCAAGCUGUGGACCUAUUCGAUGCCUGGCUUGAGACAAAUACGACAAUACCUGAGAUAUAUCAAGAGGCAGCAUUCACAGCCGGGGUCCGAACACACGGCGAGCCAGCUUGGAAGGCCUGUUGGAAGGCCCUAACUGCCUCAUACGCUGCACCCAGACCUCUGUACUCUCACAGAGCACUACUCAUCGCUCUGGCAUCGCCUACAGACGAUUGGCUGUUCUAUAGGUUCGCGUACACUACACUGUCUACGGAAGCGCAGCGGAGUCGGGAGUGGAGGAUGUGGGUUACAGCACUAUUUUCAGCCACUUGCAGAUGGCGUGGCGCAGAAUCAGUGUGGCGCAUUCUCAGGGCCGCCGUGGCGCUGCCUCCCGCCGCCCUACAAGCGGCAGCUCGCUGUCUGCCCGUACCCUAUGACUAUUACCGGUUCAAAGAGCUAUUCGGUGACGCUCGCGGAAUCGCAGCGGCGCUCGACACGAUCGCACUAAACGCUGCGUGGGUGCAGCGUGCCGACAGCGAUCUGCUGAGAUACUUCAACGCUUUGGCGCAUUAAGUGUAAGAAUAGUGUAAUUUUAGUUGGCUUUUUGUGGCGCGACUGCUGCGCAACUGUUGGGCAACUGCGGAAUUUUAAUGAAGGUGUGAAUUGUAAAACAGUUUGGAAGCAAAGUUGCGCAACUGUGUCGCCACUACUGCGUCAACUUAGCAAAGAAUAUAUUUUCUCUUUCGGGUUAUUUUAGAUUUAAUUUUUACUUGAGAGAUAUGAAAUGUGUUACUGUCAACAGCACAAAACAUGUUUUCUUUGAAAUAUUUUUUUAACUUAAUUUAUGAAACUGUAAUGGAAUAAUUUUGAUUCCCCUCCAAAUACCUGAACUGAAUUUUAAUUGUUAUAAAAACUGCCCGCACAAAUGUUUUAUUGUAUUUCUCGAGCGUAUCAUUGCGUUGCAACUGUGUCGCAACUGUGUAGCAACUGCGUGGCAAUUGAGUGACAACUUUCAAUGACUUACUGUCAGCCAUUUAAGUUAUAAGUUUAUGACAUAAUAUAAAUUACUAUUAUUCUAAAUAAUAAUCCUAAAAUGCCAUAAUAGUUUUAAGUUUCCUUCCUAUAAUGAAGAAUAUAAAACAGUAUUAAUACAAUAUAUGAAAAAAAUACAUAUUACAUAAAUAUUCACAAAGUUAUUUACGCACAGAACAAUUUAUUUAUUUGUCUUUUAUUAAUAAUAUUGAUUUUAUUUUCGACCUUGCAACAAUAUGCAACUUUCAGGCAACUUUUUAUCGGCCAACUGUUGCGCUACUUAUGUAAAAUAAAUCAAUGUUAAAAAUAAAUAGACAAGCUUCUUAAAAUAUUUAUAGAUUUUAAAAGAAACUUGAAAUAAUUCUAUGAUGUGUUAGAAUUUAUUUUGCAGCUUAAAAAACAUGAGAAGACUUUUAGAAAAAUUUACCGACUUCAAAAUUGAAUUAUCGCUUUUGGGCUAGUAGUGAAUUCGCUCGAAUAUAUCGGGUGUGUCGUAAUCACAAUAUUCUAUGGCGAAUUGUAAAAAAAAUAACCUAAUCCAUUCAGUGGUUUGGCCACAGGAGUCAUUUUUCGUUUGCAUAUAUUUACAACAUCAUGUGUAAAGCAGAGAUAAAGUUAGAAAGACUAGUAAAAUUACUGGUCCGUGAUCAAUAUAUAGGUAAUAUUGUUUCCGAAGCUUAUUAGUUCCACUGUACUUUGUAUGUUUUGUUAAAAAUUAAAUACCUAGGUGUGGGCGAAUUGCCUACUACACAUUUUUAAGGGGUUAGGGGUCGAUUCGCCCAUUUUAUGAUUACCUUCGUGCGAGUUGUUUACACAAAAAAAAAUAUCAUUAAAAAAAUCUCGAUUGGCACUUUCGUGCGAAUUGACUACUAACCCAAAAAAUAUCGAAUUCUUAACUUCACAACAUUAUUCUAUUUUCUGCAGAAAAAACUCGAAACUUUUUGAGGUCGGUUUAUUAAAUUAGAAAAAAAAACUAUUAGAUUGACAACUUACAAAUAGAAAGACAAUCUUUUCUACCUAACAUUUUGUACAAAAAUAUAAAAUCAUCAUCUUUUCUAUGAAGUAGGUAAAGUAUGUAGUUCGUGUAAAGAGCGGUGUAAAUAUGUAAUUUUAGGUCAAAAUUUCAGUAUCAAUAUUGACCGGGCGAUGUUAGAAAUUAGUGAAUAUGUCACCGGAAGAUAAUAGAAUCCGUAAGUUUAUUAAUUGCCUAGGAAAAUUAUAAACUUUCGUAGAAUCAUCAUCAUCAUCAUCAUCAUCAUCAUCAUCAUCAUCUCAGCCAUAGGACGCCCACUGCUGAACAUAGGCCUCCCCCUUAGAUCUCCACAGAUACCUGUUAGAGGCGACCUGCAUCCAGCGUCGACGGCGACCUUUAUGCGGUCGUCUGUCCACCUUGGAUCCUGUCUCGUAGGAUAUGGGCGUAAAAUAAUACAAUUUAUAUCUUCUUUGGAAUCCUACGAAAGUUUAUAAUUUACCUGAGAUGAUAAGCUUGCGAUUCUUAUUAUUUUCCGGUGACAAAUUAAUAGAAUAUUGUACAAACUUCAUCAGUGUCGGUAAAGUACAUAUGAAAGAUAUCUUCAUAAAUAUUGUAUUAGCAACGUCAUUAAUCACUUUGAUCCAAAUCAUUUAACCAAAUACAUUCUAUAUUCCAUUGAGUAGGCACUUAACUUAAUUUAAACAAUCUUGAUAGGACUUUUUACACAAAUAUGUACAUAUUGAACAACGUCGUGGUGGCCU